UUCCAAUGCCGUCGUCCCGUGCUUGAUUCGAUAUCAGUAUCGAAGUGAGGUACACAGUACACAGUGAAGACCGGACUGAUAUGCGCAUGGACCUUCGUGAUGCCCAUUUGCCUCGACACCUAGAUAUCUACAAUUCUGGAGCAUUGAAUCCACCAACACCGAAGAAUGGCUCCCGCCACCGACUUACGCAGAGCACAUCGGUUCCUUGCUCCGCUCCCACUUCCUCUUGCAAGCGCGCAAUCGGUACGAAAAGGGCUGCCUCAGCCGAGAGUAAUUCCAAGUGCCAGAAGACAAUGCAAUCAAAGUGGCUGUUCGGAAGCAGCUGGAUCUCAUAUAUAAGAUCGUCACACAGGAAUUAUGCACACUAUCCCUUCUUUCGGGCGAUAUCCUCCGUGUCUCUUCGCGUUGCCAGACUGAAAAGGCGUGCGGUUACCAGUCGAUGGCUUCUUCACGAAUCUAUAAAACAUGCAAGAGGCUAAGGAUCCGUCUUGGGAUACUUUUGUGGAAUAUAACCCAUGAUACGCGCUCUUACUCGAAGAGCGACACGCUGAACCUACGGUUGUUUGUCGCGACGGGGCCCAUUUGCUGUCCAGCUGGUGAA